AUGUUAAGAUCAACACUUUCAAAUUGGAGAGAAUAUCUAACGCCAAUAUCGCAUACUUCGACUUUUGAGACCUCUGGCCAGUUGACACCGGAAGAAUUUGUGAAGGCAGGAGACUAUUUGGUUCAUAUGUUUCCAACGUGGAAAUGGAACGGCAACGAUUUUCAGAACGUCCAUCAUAAAGAUUUCUUACCGAACGAUAAGCAAUUUCUUGUUACCAAGAAGGUGCCUUGUAAGUUACGAGCCAAUAACUAUCUUGAAUUGGAUGACACAGAAACGAAAGAUGUCGGAGACGGAUGGGCUUUACAGGAAGAACACAGCCAAGAUAGUGAAAGGAAGAGUACAAACAACGCGGACGAUUCUGAGUUACCGGAAGAGCUAGAAGAGUUGCAUAUUGUCGACGAUGGGGAUGAUGAGGAGUACGAUGACCAGUUGUACGAUAACGAGUUUGCAGAUGAUGACAUCGUCGAUAUUAGACCUUCCACCUUAAGAUUCUACGACUUAUAUAUAACGUACUCGACCUCGUAUCGUGUACCAAAGAUGUACUUAUGUGGGUAUGAUAAUGAUGGAACGCCGCUAUCCCCGGAUCAGAUGUUUGAAGAUAUAGCAGCAGAUUAUCGAUCCAAGACAGCAACUAUCGAGCCACUCCCCUUUUUGAAGGGGAAUAAUAUUUCCGUAUCAAUACAUCCAUGUAAGCACGCAAACGUCAUGAAGGUACUUAUGGAGAAAGUACGGAGUUCAAGAAGCCGUGCGAGGAAAGUCGAUCCCCAGACAACCGAUGAGGACUGGGAAGAUUUACAAUCCGAUGUUGAUGAUGGCUUGCGGGUCGAUCAAUACCUAGUCGUAUUCCUAAAGUUCAUAACCAGUGUAACACCAGGCAUAGAACAUGACUACACCAUGGAAGGCUGGUAG